ACGCAGUAGAGCAGCAGAAUCCCAUUUCUAGACAUGUUUGCCGUUUUCUUUUUUUGGGUUCCGGAAAAGUCUAACGAUUCGUUGACUCCGCGUUAACUUUCGACAGAACUGAAACGACGACGUAUUAGAUCGAACUGUUCAUUUGGUACUGAACCAGAGAGUUUCGUCGGAAACAAAUUUUGUCAUCCCCGACAGGACAAGCGGGUUCUCUGUCCAAUCGGCGUUAGGAAUCUUCUGGGAAGCAUCAGAUGGCGUGGCUUGUGGUUGUUCUUUCGUUGGUUGUUAUCUGGAUAGCUUCUCUUUGCAAGGUUUUCUAUGGAUCAACGUCUUUUUCCAGGGGCGCAAUCUCGGAUGAUGUUGAUUUCAGGCAAGCCCCCUCAGAAGAAAAAUGUACUACUCGUUAUUGCACAUCCCGAUGACGAGUCAAUGUUCUUUUCUCCAACGAUAAACUAUUUGACUGACAGAGCAUAUAAUCUUCACAUAUUAUGCUUGUCCACGGGCAAUGCUGAUGGUAUGGGAAACAUUAGGAUAGAUGAGCUAUAUCGAGCAUGUGCAAUGCUCAAGGUUCCACUUAAGCAAAUAAAGGUCCUUGACUAUCCAAAUUUGCAGGAUGGUUUUGGGCAGGUCUGGAGUUGUGAUCUUUUGGCAAAAAUCCUUGAAGAUGAAGUCACUGAUCAUGAUAUUGACAUGCUUAUAACAUUUGAUGCUUACGGUGUCUCGGGUCACUGCAACCAUCGUGACGUGCAUCAUGGGGUAUUAAAACUCUUGCAGAAUAAUACUUCAGGAAGAAAUAUCGAGGCUUGGGAACUUGUGAGCAUUAAUAUCCUCCGCAAAUACAGUGGACCUAUCGAAAUUUGGCUAUCGAUUUUGUGUGGAAAGAGAACCCUAAGCAAAGUAAUCAUCAAUGAACAUCCUUGGAAGAGCUUCAAUGCCAUGGCACAACACUCGAGCCAAUGGGUCUGGUUCCGGAAGCUUUUUGUUUCGUUUUCAAGCUAUACAUACGUGAAUACGCUUAAAAUGAUCGACCAUUGAUUGAAACGCUUAUGAAACAAUCUGGAGCCUCAUCUCAAGCAGUCCGCAUUCAUCGCGGCCAUUUUGAAGGCCGGGAAGCAACUGCAGAGCCAGAAGAGAGCAGUUCAGGGCAGGACAUGAUGAAACAUAUUAACAAUGUUUUUUACAGUUUGUGUUUUGGCUUUACUGUCUCGAGACGUGAAGCCCCUCACUCUGUCAAUGAAACAUAGCUUGAGAUCCGCAUUCAGCUCUUUCUAGUGUAAUUUUUGGGGUACAAAUGUUAUUAGUAAGAGACAAUUAAGUUUCCUGAAA